AUGAUCGCUUCUAUCAGCACCACCCUUUCCCAGGCCCUCCCUCUUUCCACGGACGCCUUCUUUGCGGAUGCAGUCAAUAUUGCCGCUGUGGUCCUCGGCGUUUGCAGUUUUGCAUGGUUGCUAAGAGAAUGGAGGUCUUUGGAUGAGGGUAUCCUGGAAGAUCAAGGCGCUUACUUUUGUGCUGAACAUGAAAAGUCCGAGGAAGAAGAAGGAGAGUCCAGUGAAAGCGGCAACCGGUUUUUGGACAGGUUCACAUGGUUGCAAAGAGAAUGGAGGUCAUUGGAUGAGGGUAUCCUGGAAGAUUGUGGCUCUUACUUUUGUGCUGAGCAAGAAAAUUCCGAAGAAGGAGAGUCCAGUGACAGUGGUAACCUGUUUUUGGUCAUGGCGCAAGCCGCUACGGUUCCGUUUGCCAAAUCCAUGGGCGCCGAGACAAUUGCCGAGACAAUUGCCGAGACAGAUGAGAGCGAAAGCGAAGAUGAAGAGGAGGAAACCGAACCCUGCAAAGAAACCGAAGAUGACAUGCCAGUAAAAGGAUCAUCCCUUACUUCGCGCCCAAGCGAACCAGAAUUGUGGCGAAUGGUUCUGUCUACUGGGGCUUCCUUCAAGCAGGGUCCUCGACGCAGUUUUGUUCAUCUGGAGUCGUCAUAA